UAUCGAAUGUAGCGAUAGAUUUUGCGAAGAAUAGUUUAAAUUCGUAAUUGUCACUUGCGAGCGCCACUUUAAUUGUGAGACACAAGAAUAAUAUGAUGUAAUCCUCAAAUUGGAUAAACUGCGAACUCCUUUUUUCCAGUUAGAAUUAACUCCUUAAUUAUAUUCGUGUGUCUUGCAACUUACACCGGGUUCUACUGACUCAUUGCCAGUUCCUGCGAUACUUCAAUUCAAGCGACAACUCAUACGAUAAUGAUAAUGGACAAUCCGACAAACGCGGAUGGAAGGAAUUUUUUGCGAGUAAUUACAACGCUUAAAAAAAAUUCGAUCAGGGUGACGAUUCCCAAACUGUGCCGAUCAGUUUUACGAUCAUCCCUCAAUUAUUUUAUUUUUUUUUUUUUGUCCAGGAAUCUUGAUUGAUAUCAAGCAUUCCCAUCGGAGUCACGGAACAUAUCGAUAAAAAUAGAGCCAUUGGUCUUUUUGCCGCCGAUGUUCUCAAUUGGACUAAUUCGCUAAUUACUCACUCGUACCCGUCUGUUCUAAGACUGUUGAUAGCCGGCGAUUCAAGUGUCUCUCGUUCUCAUUGUUAGUAUUCUUCUUCCUACUCGUUUCGUAAUCCGCACAAGUUAUAUUAUACUGGCGAUAAUAAAAACGAAGCGUCGCCAUCUUCGACUUAAUUCAUCCGCAGAAGAAUCGAGUGAGAGAGUGGUUCGGAUGAAGAUGCUGCCUUGGAAGGGUUGCGGUUUACCACGAAGUUAGCAUGACCUGGGGAAGUUUUGGGGUGUUUCUGGCGAUCCUGGGGAGCAUCGAAGCAGUGACAGUGGUUGACCAUCACCCCGAGGAGGAGUAUAUCAUAGAACAUGAAAUUCUUUACAAAGAUGCCAUCGAGGAGGCGAGGAGACUCAAAAUAUAUCCUGGCAAGUUUCGACUGAAAAAUCGAGAUCACGAAUGUAAAGAACAAACUUGGAGAACUGACGCGAAUCUCCCGAUGCCUGAGCAAUUUUAUCGACGCUGUUUUUCCAACGCAGGGCCGAUCCCUGGGUGUAAGGAUUGCACGUCGAGUGAGAUGACGUAUUGCCGCGACGGAGGGGUGCUCAACGAUCACUGCUGCUGUGAUAACGGACCCGAUGACGAGGUUUUCAAGUUCAUGCCCCACGUCUGCCGUAUCGGACCGGAACUUUGCAGAGUUCGUGCGGAAGACUGUGCGGAAUAUACGCGACUCCGCGAGUGCUGUUGCUACGCGUAUCACGCUGAAAAAUGGAAGAACAAAGCGAGCGGUUCGAGAGGUAUCAACGACAAAAUGUCGCGCAGCUUGACCUUGUUGGCCUCAGCAGUAAUCGGAAGAGUAUUUCUAUCCUGAUCCCGUAACGAAACGAUGUAUAAAUAUCAUAAAUAUCAUAUACCAAAUAUUUUGUACCGUGCGCAGUACUGUAAUAAAUUAUUUUUUCAUGUGUAAA